AGUCGAUUAUCUCUGGGAUUCUCAUAUUGUCAUCAUUUGCGACGAGGGAAAUGAUAAGCGCAUUUUUCAUUUACAACCAAAAAGGCGAGGUGCUCAUCUCUCGAUUAUAUCGCCAUGAUCUGAGACGAUCGGUAGCUGACAUUUUCCGUAUUCAAGUCAUCUCCAACACCGACGUGCGUUCGCCCAUCGUCACUUUAGGCUCGACAUCCUUCUUUCACGUCCGUCACGAAAACUUGUACAUCGUCGCUGUUACCAAAUGGAAUGCGAAUGCCGCUCUGAUAUUCGAGUUCUGUUACCGGGUCGUCAACAUUGGUCGAAGCUACUUUGGCAAAUUUGACGAAGAAGCAGUAAAGAAUAACUUUGUUCUCAUAUACGAAUUGCUGGACGAAAUUCUCGAUUUCGGUUAUCCACAGAACAGCGAAACCGAUACAUUAAAAAUGUAUAUUACAACGGAAGGCGUCAAAUCCGAACGAGCCGCAGAAGAUUCGAGCCGAAUUACUAUCCAAGCAACCGGUGCUAUCUCGUGGCGACGAAACGAUAUCAAAUAUAGAAAGAAUGAGGCGUUCAUCGAUGUUAUUGAAAGCGUCAAUAUGCUCAUGAGCAAUACAGGAACCAUUUUACGGUCGGAUGUGGCGGGACAGAUUCUCAUGCGAGCGUAUUUAUCGGGUGUUCCAGAGUGUAAAUUCGGCUUGAAUGACAAACUUUUACUGGAAAAAGGGACAGCCAACGGCAUAAAUGCUCGACGUUCAGAUGCUGUGGAAAUUGAUGACUGUCAGUUUCACCAAUGUGUUAAAUUGGGAAGAUUUGAUACAGACCGUACAAUCAGCUUUGUGCCUCCCGAUGGUGAAUUUGAGCUGAUGAGAUAUCGUACCACGGAAAACGUCAAUCUACCCUUCCGAGUACAUCCUGUUGUUAAUGAAAUUGGCAAGACCCGUGUUGAGUACAAGAUCAAUGUGAAGGCCAAUUUCUCGCCCAAAUUAUAUGCGAAUAACGUCGUACUAAAGAUUCCGACCCCGCUGAAUUCUGCAAAGGUGGAAGUGCGAGUAGGCUCGGGCGGCAAAGCCAAAUACGAGCCUUCGGAAAACUGUAUUAUAUGGAAGAUUUCUCGUUUCCAAGGGCAAUCUGAAUAUACCCUCAGUGGUGAAGCUGAGCUUACCUCCAUGACGAACAAGCGCGUAUGGUCGCGACCACCAAUAUCGAUGGAUUUCCAGGUGUUAAUGUUCACGUCUUCUGGUUUAUUGGUGCGAUUCCUAAAAGUGUUUGAGAAGAGCGGGUACCAAUCUGUCAAAUGGGUACGAUACAUGACCAAAGCCGGUUCCUACCAAAUCAGAUUUUGAUCAUCCAGGGCAUGCAUAUGUUAGACACGCUGAAGAUAAUGACUUGAUUAUGAUGCUUUUACCUUGCUCAAUUAUUUCCUUUUUUUUUCUCAUACAUCUACCUCAAUGCGUCAUACUCUAGGAGAUUUUGUUUCAUCGUGUCAGUAAUAAAGUGCUAAUAGAAAGAUAGACAGAAUGAACUGAUGACCACUGUAUCAUGUUCAAGGAG